CCGGUCUUCGGAAAUAAUCAAUGAAUGGAAGAGAGCUUCAUCACAGCACGCAUGUGUUUUGACUCUCCGUUGUAUCGAGUGAGGUAUGAAUGUUAACACUGCAGCUUUCCAGCGGGCAGAAGAGGAACACCAGGCCGGCUCGGACUCGCAGGCAGUUUGUCCGGCUGCAGUGAGGCGAUGGCCGCUGGAGGCUGCUGGAGGCUGUGUGUGUGGCUCUGCUCUCUCUGCUCUCUGCUCGUCGACACACACCGUCACACAUGCAGUCACAGAAUGCCCUUGCCCUCAGAGGUGAUACAUGAUGUCUACCUGAAACCAGGGAGGCUGACGAAAAGAAGCACAGAAAAGCAGUUAAAGAUCCAGAUUGUUUAUGACUCCAGCUUGGAUGUGCUAGAUGAAGACAAGAGCAGCCUCGUGAAGGACAAACUCUUCCCACAAGCCAUUGAUUAUCUCCAGAGGGCUUUCAGGGUGCGUAGGCAGGCAGGUCCUGUUUUAUUAAGCAGACAAUGUGCAACAAAUCAAUAUCUGCGGAAAAAAGACGAGCCUCAUCGCUAUUGUCAAGAAGCUUGUGCAAAUGUCACAAAAUGUGGACCAGUUGUUGUACCUGAGCAACACUUACAGCAAUGCAGAGUCUGCAGCGAGACAUGGAAGUCAUGUGGGCCAGACGGACCUCCAGACGGUGAGGGUGUUGAAGGGGCAGAUUUUGUGCUCUAUGUGAGUGGGGUGACCACAGAGCGCUGCGGCCAAGAAAAUAUUGUGGCCUAUGCAGCAUACUGCCAACUGGAGGCAGACCUUGACAGGCCCAUUGCUGGAUAUGCCAAUUUGUGUCCAAAUAUGAUCUCGACUCAGCCUCAGGAGUUUGAAGGCAUGCUCUCCACUGUCAAGCAUGAGAUUAUGCAUGCCUUGGGUUUCUCAGCUGGGCUCUUUGCCUUUUACCACGAUGAUGAUGGGAAACCUCUGACUCCACGCUUUGCAAGUGGCUUACCAGCAUUUAAUGAAAGUUUGGGCCUAUAUCAGUGGAGUGAUAAAGUCAUAAAGAGAGCGACACGACUGUGGGAUAUCCGUGGAGGUCACAUGAUUCGACAUGAGGUCCACCUGAUGGUCACACCACGAGUUGUAGAAGAAGCUCGGAGACAUUUCAAAUGCCCUAUUCUUGAGGGCAUGGAGCUGGAAAACCAAGGGGGCAUGGGCACUGAGCUGAAUCACUGGGAAAAGCGCUUACUAGAGAAUGAAGCGAUGACUGGAUCUCAUACACAGAACAGAGUUUUUUCCAGGAUAACGUUGGCUAUAAUGGAAGAUACAGGGUGGUACAGGGCCAAUUACAGCAUGGCAGAAAAAUUAGAAUGGGGAAAAGGUUUGGGCUGUGACUUUGUGAUGAAAAGUUGCAAAUUCUGGAUUGACCAGCAACGCAAAAUGAGGCCCACGCUGACCCCAUACUGUGACUCUGUGCGAGGCACGCCUCUACAGCUCUCCUGCAGGCAGGACCAGCUGGCAGUGGCUGUGUGCAACCUGCAGAAGUAUCCUCAGCCUCUGCCACGAGAAUAUCAGUAUUUUGACAGUAUACUUGGAGUGGCUGAAGAGGAUUUACCCUUUUAUGGAGGGUCAGUGGAGAUUGCGGACUUCUGCCCCUUCAGUCAGGAGUUCAGCUGGCAUCUGAGUGGAGAGUACCAGCGCAGCUCCUUCUGCAGAAUUCAGGAAAACCAGCCAGACUCUUGGAGGAAUUACGCGGCUGAAGAAUAUGGUCCUGACUCGGUUUGUCUGUACCAGAAGUCAGCUUUCGUCAUGGAGCAGUGCAAUAAACGCAUGACCUACCCAGACUGGGGAAGUGGAUGCUAUAAGACGUCGUGCUCAGUAGAGGGUUUACAGGUGUGGGUGCAGGAUCAGAACUUCCUGUGUGCGCACGCUGGCCAGGUGCUUAAUGUGAACGUGAGGAUGAAUGAGUGGGUGUACAGUGGGCAGCUGAUCUGCCCUGCCUGCUCAGACUUCUGCAGCCACUGCCCUGCUCGUCACGAGUUCCCACCAAUCAACACUACUCACACUGUUCGUAUAGACCCUUGCUCCAGCUCUUCUGGCUUGGUGGUGACGUUGUGGCGGCUCCUGUUCAACCUCAUCCCGUUGCUGGCGGGCUUCAUGCUGUGUGUGAGGCAUUAAAAUGGGUGUGAGUGCAGGGAGGAUAUAGGCGUCCCACUGCCACAGCCUUCCUGCUGAGAUUCUUAUACUAGCAGGGAAAGCAGUGCUCAGUGUUAUUGUAUCCGUGUCCACUGUCAUCUCUCCUGUGAAUAUGAAGGCCAGAGUUAAAGUCGGUUGGAAAAAGCCAUUGACUUCACUUUGCUCCGUCUUGAUAUCAAGUGCCAGUCAGCUGUAUUUGAAAUCAGAAGCCAUAGUCGUACGAGCAAGGCAUGCAGCAGGUGACCUUAAAAAUGCUGGUGCUAAUUUGUGUCGUCUUCUACAUAUCUCCAACGGGCACGUAGCUUUUUUUCUAGAGUUGAUGAAGGUGAAAUUUUUAAAUGCCAGUGCUUAUUGGUUGUGAAUCUUUGAAACUGAAUGUGUGUGGCGUGUCGGUAUAAAGUGGCUCAGACAAAUCAUUUAAUAGUAAUAUUUGUUUGAAUUGGCAUGUACUGGAAGAAAGGGGGGGGACAUAAGUAGCUCAUAAUUUUACUUUUUAUAGAUAUAUUUACUAUGAUGUUUUUAUAUUUAUUUGAGUAAACGGUGUCCAAAACUGUGUCCUAGGCUUUUAAAGUGUACAUUUUAAUUAAACAAAGACUUUCAGACUGGUUAAAUACAACAACCAAUGCACUAAUAUGAAGAACCAGUAGAGAUGCACUAGGCUAGUUUUGCAGUAUGCAAUCAUCUUAACUCCCAGUUAGUAAAUUUGACUUUUGCAUAGGUUUUUUUUUUUCUUUCUUUUUUUCCCCUUUAGCUUGAUAGUCUGUCACUUUAGAUCCGAAUGGCAUUGUCAUUAUCAUUUAUUCUUUCACAACAAAGACCAGUUCCAUGCUUAAAAAUAUGAGACUU